UGUCAAUUGCUUCGACUUAUCUGUAUUCUCUAAUUCAUAGCUUUAAUAUUUGUACUUUCCAGGAAAACUCUGCUAUCGGCGCUUUUUAGCGGAUUCGAACUCUAUCGAUAGUGUUGGUGUGUCUUUAGAUUAUCUUGAUCAAAGGCUGGUGUGACCUGAAUCUACUCAUUUGCUCAAAAUUCUUUAUAUCCAGAUCCUUUAACGAUCUGAGUUCAUUAAGGUCACACCAGUCUUCGAUCAAGAUAAUCUAAAGACACACUGACACUAUCGAUACGACACAAAGUGAAAUCAGAGGGGUUGGACGAGUUCGAAUCCACUAAAAGUCACCAAGAGCAAAUUUUCUCUAGAACACACAAAUAUUAAAGCUGCGAAUUAGACAACUUUUUCUAUGACUUAGCUGUGUACACAAAGUUUUCAUUUGAACUUAGAGGACUAGCUUCGCAGAUUUCUGGUGCCCUACAAAGUCCAUACUAACAGAUUUGCAUAGAACAUGCAUUCACACUACUCCUGAUUGUAAGCUUUUUCAGGUAUUGAAAUCAGUUUAUUACAAGUCACGGCCUUGCAAAUCCAGCAAAAAUCCACAGGAAGCGACCAAAACUGCUUUUGGGCAUAUUUGCACCCGAUCACAUUUCGGAAAAAACUGUUUUCCUCUAACGAAUAGUAUGCACUUGAAUCGUCGAAGACAAGUGCAUGCUCUUCUAUUUAUAGAAGAAAAGUGGCUAAGGAAAUCAUUCAUCGAUUAUCUUGGAAUUGGAAAUGCUUGAAAAUGAACUGUUUCUCUUUUAUACUUUAUAACCUAACUAUGUGUCAUACACUAUUAUGUUCAGUUUUUCAUUUUUCUUUAUCAAACGCUACCCUAACUCAGUUCUAAAUUUUGAGGAGAAUCGGCUUUAGUAGGCACUAGCAUCUUUAUGCCUCAUUUUAGAAAAAUUAAUUUGAAAAAGUUCUCUAAGGCUUCAGAAGGGCAGGUCAACAGGAAAAUGUGGAAAAUCGUUGUCUCUAUAGAACUGCAUUAAAGUUAAAACUAAAAAAUCGAUGGACCGAAAUCGAUGCAAAGAUUAUUAGAAACACUGAUCAAGAUAACUACGCUAACAAGCAAGCAAGGUGAGCUGGUUUGCACUGUUCUGAUGGGGGUUGUUACGUGACAACAUCAACCGAAAUACUGGGAACGAGUGUUUCUGCCUGUUUAAUUAUGUUGACAUCAGUAUCAAGUUAGGAAAACCUGCUGUCGGAAAGUUCGCACAUUCUAUAAAAACUGCUAUUGGAAAUAGUAUACUUUUUCUCCACCAUUUUCUUCUGGGAUAUCUUAACCUUCAGCUGGUUUUUGUAAUGUUUUUCUCGGAAAUAAAGAGAUUCAGUUUUUGUUUUUCUUGUAGCCACGAAAAGCCUUGUUUAGACACAAAUAGCCUUCAAUCUUGUUUUUACUGAUUUAAGCUACAUAGAUAGAGAAAGUAUAACAUUUAGACCAAUGAUCUUUUAAUAAAUAUUAUUUUCUCUUAAGAUAAAUUAUAUUAUCGUGAUUUUCGUCGUACGUCCGCUUAUUCAUUUCAAUUUUUAUCACAAUUAUGUCGAUUAAGUCAACAAACAAUUGAUGAUGCAUUAUUAACACUUCAAUCAAGAACUUAUAUUACAUUCACAUUAAUAUCAAAAGAGCUAUUUCUACAACAAAAUCAGUUAUCAAUUCAACAGUUUCAAUCAUCAAUUAUUAACGACUUUUUAUUUACAUUUAACUUUAUUCAAUCAGCAACACAUGCUAAUGGUUUAUUAUCCAAUACAUUGACUAAUUAUCAAUUCAGAUUAGUUUCAUUUCUUGACUUUUUUUAUUAUCAUCUAACAACUCAACCAUCACAGUAUAAUCAAGGAAAUUGCACAUGUGAUAAUCCAACAAAAUGUUUCGAAUUAUCAGCAAUAUAUAAUAGUAAUUUUACUAUUGAAUUUCAAGUACCGGGGUUUUAUUUAGGUUGUUACUUGACGGAUUCGUUAUUACAAUCAACAUUAGAAUGUUUGUAUUCUCAACAAUGUUUAAAACAAAUACAAUUCUACUAUUCAUCAACAAAUUACAAUUUAACACCGUUAAAUUCAACGUUACCAAGCCAAUAUAAACCACAAACAACUGUACAACAAAUGUUAAACCAACUAAUGCUUGAACAAUGGUUAAUAACAAUAUCAUAUGAAAAUUAUUAUCAGCAAUGUCGACCAAUGCAAUGUCAAUAUUCAUAUAUUCGUUCAUUUAAUAUACUUUAUACAAUAACAACAUUAUUGGCAAUAAUUGUUGGCUUACAGAAAGCAUUAAGACUUUUGGUACCAAACUUCGUUAGAUUAAUAAGAAGAAAAAAGCUAGCAACAACAAAAGGUAAGUGA